AUGGGCAGUCUACCUAACGGGGGCUGUGAGUACCUGUGUCUCAAAGCCCCCCAGAUCACUGACCACUCCCCCAAGUACACCUGUGCCUGCCCGGACGGCAUGGAGCUGGGACCAGGCAUGAGACGAUGUGCCAUAGGUAAACUGUUUAACACGUGUUACACUCUUUCCCUUCCCCACUGUGAAAUAGGUCAACUGUUUAACACGCGUUACACUCUUUCCUUUCCCCACUGUGAAAUAGGUAAACUGUUUAACACGUGUUACACUCUUUCCCUUCCCCACUGUGAAAUAGGUAAACUGUUUAACACGCGUUACACUCUUUCCUUUCCCCACUGUGAAAUAGGUAAACUGUUUAACACGUGUUACACUCUUUCCCUUCCCCACUGUGAAAUAGGUAAACUGUUUAACAUGCGUUACACUCUUUCCUUUCCCCACUGUGAAAUAGGUCAACUGUUUAACACGUGUUACACUCUUUCCCUUCCCCACUGUUAAAUAGGGCAACUGUUUAACACGUGUUACACUCUUUCCCUUCCCCACUGUUAAAUAGCUCAACUGUUUAACACGUGUUACACUCUUUCCCUUCCCCACUGUUAAAUAGGUAAACUGUUUAACACGUGUUACACCCUUUCCCUUCCCCACUGUGAAAUAGGUAAACUGUUUAACACGUGUUACACCCUUUCCCUUCCCCACUGUGAAAUAGGUAAACUGUUUAACACGCGUUACACUCUUUCCUUUCCCCACUGUGAAAUAGGUCAACUGUUUAACACGUGUUACACUCUUUCCCUUCCCCACUGUUAAAUAGGGCAACUGUUUAACACGUGUUACACUCUUUCCCUUCCCCACUGUUAAAUAGCUCAACUGUUUAACACGUGUUACACUCUUUCCCUUCCCCACUGUUAAAUAGGUCAACUGUUUAACACGUGUUACACCCUUUCCCUUCCCCACUGUGAAAUAGGUCAACUGUUUAACACGCGUUACACUCUUUCCUUUCCCCACUGUGAAAUAGGUAAACUGUUUAACACGUGUUACACUCUUUCCCUUCCCCACUGUGAAAUAGGUAAACUGUUUAACACGCGUUACACUCUUUCCUUUCCCCACUGUGAAAUAGGUAAACUGUUUAACACGUGUUACACUCUUUCCCUUCCCCACUGUGAAAUAGGUAAACUGUUUAACACGCGUUACACUCUUUCCUUUCCCCACUGUGAAAUAGGUCAACUGUUUAACACGUGUUACACUCUUUCCCUUCCCCACUGUUAAAUAGGGCAACUGUUUAACACGUGUUACACUCUUUCCCUUCCCCACUGUUAAAUAGCUCAACUGUUUAACACGUGUUACACUCUUUCCCUUCCCCACUGUUAAAUAGGUCAACUGUUUAACACGUGUUACACCCUUUCCCUUCCCCACUGUGAAAUAGGUAAACUGUUUAACACGUGUUACACCCUUUCCCUUCCCCACUGUGAAAUAGGUCAACUGUUUAACACGUGUUACACUCUUUCCCUUCCCCACUGUUAAAUAGGUCAACUGUUUAACACGUGUUACACUCUUUCCCUUUCCCAUUUUACUCCUCUCCCACACGACAACAGAUCCAUUUCAAUGUUCCACCUGCCAAUCAAUCUCACUCAGUUAGCCCUUGCUCACUGUCAAUCUGUGCCCUAUAGUGCCCUCCAUUAUCUCUUCCAUUCCUGUCCUGUCCUCCCUUGGGAACACUCUGUGUCUAUUGUAUGGCUAUUCCAUUCUUGUCCUCUCCCCCCCUCUGGAGACUCUCUGUGUCUGGAGGUACACAGGUGGGUUGUCGCAGUGCUGUCCCCAGAGAAAGAGAGAGGGAUGAGGGAUGAAUACAGGCCACCAGGCAGCCUGACUGCACUGCAGAUACUCUGUACCAGAAAGGGGAGGGUGUUCACACUCUCACUCACUGGGAAUAGAUAGAAACGGAAUAAAUACAAAAGGAUGUGUUCUCUCUAAUGUCUGUGCUCUACAAGCAUUUUAUGACUUCUAAGUGCAGAGAAGGCAGUUUUGAGUAGUUCAGACCCACUUCUGUUGAUGUCUGUUCAUGUAAACUAUGGAGCUCUCGCUGUCUGUUUAUAAGGAAAGGCUUGUCUGUGCUGCCAGUUGAUCUGCCAGCCUGAUAACUCUAGUAUCUCUGUUUAAUCUCUUCUCUCCUUGCAGUCAAACCCAAGACAACCACAGCAGCUCCUACCACAACCACCACUACUACCACUCCAGCUCCUACCACAGCCACCACCCCAGCUCCGACUACAACCACAACUACUUCUCCAACCACUACGACCACAGCUGCUACUACAACCACCUCCACAACUACAGAACCGACCACAACCACACAGUCGACCACAGUUCCUACGACGUCCCCCCCUCCUCCUCCCCCCAGGACCACAGCUUCGUGGAGGACCCCUCCCUCCACCUCCUCCUCCACCAUUACCUGGCCUACGACCUCCACCCCUGGCCCCCGCUCCACUUCCACACCCCCUCUACUGCCCAACAACAUCCAGAGAGAGAACGCUAA